AUCUAAGGAAGUUGUAGGCUAAAACACCGGAAGUCGUGUACCGACUCCGCCGGAAGUUGAUAAUUCUAAGCACGUGUGAAGUCACUUUUAGACGGGAGUUGUGAUGUCUGCGUCGCUGCUUAGGAAAGGCUUGGAUUUGCUUAAGGAGGAGCGGAGCGAUAUUGAGACUAAGUCCAAGAAAAGAAAAGCAGGCAGUGACCCCAAGCACUGCCUUACCAGUGGCAAAACUGGCAUGAAAAAACAGCUGCGGAGGCUGAAGCAGCAAGGACAGCGGCAAGACCAGAAAGCAACUGCCAAAGGCAGAGUGAUCAGGUCGGCUGUAGAGGAGUUUAAGAAACAGAGUGCAAAAGAUCAUUUGCAGGAAAACCUCAAGUACAUGCUUGAGUCCCGCUCUGUGGCAAGCAAAGAAGUUGUUGACAAAAUCUUGAAACAGAACAGAGGGCGCAAAGCAAAGGACAACCGAAUCAAGCAGGAAAAGGUGAUAAAGGAGAAGUCUGUGUUCUCAGAUGCUGACUUCAAGCGCUUUGAGAUGGAAUACUUUGGGAGAAGAUAAGGUCUUUCGAAAUGGUUAAACUUUGCUGUCACAAUUCAGCUGCUAGCAUGUGAACUAUAUUUUUCUUCAAACGUGGAUUUUCCAACUUCAUAUAUUCCUGUCCUUCUGUCUGCAAAAAGCUGCAAAAAAGACAAACAGUAGGGUUUGGAAAGUUACAACAAAGGGCAUUGUAUGACUAAUGAAUAAGGGUUCAGCAUUUUAUGUAAUAUCUAGUAAAACCCUAAUGAACUACUUACAUAACUGUAAAUAAUAAAAAUAAAAACACAAUUCAUAAAA